AUAAAGUCACAGAUAGGUUAGAGAACAAUGCUUCAAACUACAAAUAUGGAAAAACUCCAGAUGAUUCAACUGGAUCUGGACCCAACAGAACCACCAGAACAUAAAGUCUCAGAGUUCAAACAGGAACUUUGUUUGUUUCUCCCAGUCGGUCGGUGAACGUCAGAACCGAUCAAAGUCCAACUUUUAUCGUCUCAAAGGUUCUGAUCAGCGAGUCGUCGGGUUAAAUCACAGCAGAAAAUAUCUGAGGUCCAGACGGGUUCUGUUGGACCGAACAGAAGGUUCUAUUGGACCGAACAGAAACAGAAGGUUCUAUUGGACCGAACAGAAGGUUCUGUUGGACCGAGCAGGAACAGAAGGUUCUGUUGGACCGAGCAGAAGGUUCUGUUGAUCGGUUUAAGUAACCAGGAUGCGGUACUGCAGCACCCGGGGCGGGGUCCGGGACCGGGACUUCAGGGAGGUUCUGUUCUCCGGAUUCGCUCCAGAUGGAGGGAUGUUCAUGCCGGAGACGCUGCCUGCAGUGAGUCCAGAGACGCUGCGCAGCUGGAAGGGGCAGCGGUACCAAAGGCUGGUUCUGGAGGUCGCUUCCCUGUUCAUCCCAGAGGAGCUGAUCCCCAGAGACGACCUGGAGGGUCUUGUAGCUGAAGCUCUCUCUGGGUUCUCGGUUCCCGACUCGGUCCGGAUCGUCCGGCUGAAGGACGGUUUGUCGGUUCUGGAACUUUUCCAUGGAGAAACGUUGGCGUUCAAAGAUCUGGCCAUGAGCUGCACCGUCCACUUCCUCAACUACUUCCUGCGGAGAGACGGCAGCCGAGCCGUCGUCCUGGUUGGAACAUCAGGAGACACCGGCGGUUCGGCCGUCCGCAGCGCCCGGUCUCUGCCGGGUCUGGAUGUUCUGGUGGUUUUCCCUCGGGGUCGGAUCACGGCGGUCCAGGAGAAACACAUGACGACCUGCCUGGAGGACAACGUCCACGUGUUCGCAGCCGACGGCAGCUCAGACGACAUCGACCGGCCCCUCCGCCGCCUGUUCGCCGAUCAGAACCUGGUCCGGACCCACGGCCUGAUGAGCCUCAACUCUGUCAACUGGUCCAGAGUCAUGAUCCAGGUGGCGCACUUCUUCUACGCCUACCUGGAGCUGAGCGGCCUGGGGGCGGAGCCUGGACCGGGGGCGGAGCCUAACCUGGGGGCGGAGCCUGGACCCGAGCCUGGAGCGCUGCCGGAGCUGGAGGUGGUGGUUCCGACCGGAGGAGCCGGGAACAUCACAGCUGCCUACAUCGCGGUGCGGAUGGGCCUGCCGCUGAAGCUGGUUGCCAUGGUGAACGCUAACGACAUCGUGCAUCGGACGGUAACCAGCGGCGAUUUCUCCAUGGCGACCAGCGUCACCCAGACUCUGGCUCCGGCCAUCGACAUUCAGGACCCGUACAACAUGGAGCGGGUUUUCUGGCUGCUGCUGGACCGGGACGGCGCCGUGGUGAAAACCAUGAUGGAGGAGUUCCAGCGUUCCCAUCGACUCAGGCUGCCAGAGAACCAGCGCAGACUGCUGGCCGAGGUUCUGGUGACCGGCGCCGUGAGCGACCUGGGAAUCCUGGAGACCAUGAGGCGGUGCUGGGAGCAGAACCAGUACCUGCUGUGUCCUCACACGGCCGUGGCCGUCUGGCACCACUACCACAGAACCCACCGGGCCAGCAGAAACAGAUGCUACGUCGCUACGGCGUCUCCAGCGAAGUUCCAGGCGGCGGUGGAGAAGGCUGGCCUGACCUUUGACCCCCCUGAGGCCGUGCUAGCUUUGGACCAGUUACCCACCCGGUACCAGAACCUGGAGAGGAGCGCGGACUGGUGCGAGGACUGGGAGGAGCGUCUGAGGGACUGGAUCCAGUUUGUGAGCAGAACCAGGAAGAAGGGAGGAGUUUGUUACCCUGAGAGUCCAUAGAGACGUUUAUGGACGACUUCCUGUCCCUCAGAGGACUUUGUCCUGAAGACGUCCUGGAGCUGUGAUGUCAUCAAUCACCUGAUCAGCAAACCGUUUCUAAAACUAACCUGAAAUGUUAUUAAAACUAAUUUACACAAA